ACCAAUAGAAGCGGGGAAACGCCGCGGAGCGGCCAAUGGAGAGAAUGGGCCGGGUGCGCGGACUUCCUGGAGACGAGCCCGGGAGCUGGCGGGGUCCUGGCAACGGCCGCGGAGCUGCCGGGAUGAACGUCGGCGUGGCGCACAGCGAGGUGAACCCCAACACGCGGGUGAUGAACAGCCGGGGGAUCUGGCUGGCGUAUGUGAUCUCCGUGGGAGUCCUCCACCUUGUUCUCCUCAGCAUCCCGUUCUUCAGCAUUCCUGUGGUCUGGACGCUCACCAACGUCAUCCACAACCUGGUCAUGUACCUGCUGCUGCACACGGUGAAGGGGACCCCGUUCGAGACCCCGGACCAGGGCAAGGAUCGCCUCCUCACGCACUGGGAGCAGAUAGACUACGGGACGCAGUGCACCUCGUCGCGCAAGUUCCUCAGCAUCUCCCCAGUAGUGCUGUACCUCCUCACCAGCUUUUACACCAAAUACGACCCCGCACACUUCGUCAUCAACACGGCCUCCCUGCUCAGCGUCCUCCUGCCCAAGCUACCCCAGUUCCACGGCGUGCGGAUCUUCGGUGUCAACAAGUACUGAGGCCCACCGUGCCCACUGCCGCGGCGCCAGGGGACGGAGAGGGGACACCGGAGCAGCACGAGGCGCCGGCUGGAGAGCAGGGGUGAGGCGUGAGGAGGGCUGGGUGCGGGGCAGGGACCGCUCCAGCUUUUAGCCAGGGUUUUAGCAAGGUUCCUCCAUCUCGGAGCAGCUCCUCGCUCGGGCUUUAUCCCUUCGGUGAAGGGAGAAGCGCAGCCGAGUGGUACAGAGCGAGCAGUUGUGUCACACGCACACAUUUCCUUCGAGCUAAACCUCCACGUAACCCUGCAGAAAGCACCUACGAGGGGAGAACUGCUGACAGGAGGGAAGAGUCGCCCACCAACACCUCCCUCGUAUUUUACAGACUUCCACCACAAUAAAGAGCAACCGGAGCAGCGUCCUCGCACGGGGACCAGCCCUGGCUCGCGCCUCCCGCCCACCCCUCCCCGCACAGACCAGGCAGACUUCUUCAAACUGUACUUUUAAUUUAACAAAAAGCAUUAAGAAAGAGGUGUGCUAUCAUUUAAAACCCAGCCGCUCUGCUGGGGGAAUUCAAAAAGGUUCUGCCUGGCACACGGCUCGGAGGGCCGGGAAACGCAAAGCACUCGGUGAGACGCCGGAUGCUCACACAUGUCUCGGCAAAAAAAAAAACCGCUCGUGAUACAACUCGGCGGCCCAUAACCAGCCCCUGCCUUCACUUUGUUUUUAAAAAAAUAAUAAUGUGCUCUUCAUCCCUGGCACUACGGGAGGGGGAUGAGGGUCCCUCACGCAGAGUUGAGGCAGGAAAAGCAGAACCGGCACGGCCAGAGGCUGGGCGGGGGAGCGGGGGUCCCGGCUGGGCAGCGCUGCGAGGAGGAGGAGCGCAGCUAACGGACGCGCUAUAUUAAUAGAAAGGGGAUGCACGUAGUAAUAAAUAGAUCUGUACGAGCAAAAAGGAACAAGCGGCUUUAAAAAAAAUAUGCAAAGCGUGCUGGCAGAGGCUGUGGGGCUUGGCAAGCCCCUCCGGUGCCCCGGCAGCUUUGGCCCCACAGACGAAGGAGCGGCAGCGGCUCACGGGGGGGGUCGCGCCGCGCGGAGGGGACCCCGUGACGUCGUCACCGCGCACAGCUCCCUUCCCUCCGAGGCGGCUCCAGCAGCCGCGUCCCUGCGAUGUUUACAAUAACCCUGAAAGAAAUUCGGCGGCCCGUCUGUACGUCCGUCCGUCCCCCGCCCGGCCCUGCCGGCU